AUGACAAAUGUUGAAGCUAUGAUUCAGACGAAAGAGGAAUAUAUACCACCGUUAUGGGAAGACGCAUAUGCACGUCAUUUGACGCUCGUGCUUUCGUCCAUUUUAUUUGAACGUCAAGACUUUCGUCAUCUUUUUUCAAUUGAUGAGAUUCAACUUGCAUCGCGAUUGAUUACUGACCUCAAACCAUUGGAGCAACAAUUGUACGCCCGUCUGCUCCAGCGUCAAGGACCGUGGUAUAAGACGACGUCACUCUUUCGAUACUUUAUACAGAAUAAAAAUAUAAAAAUAAAAAGGAAUGUACUACUGCAACAACAAGAAGAGCUACUGCAACAAGACAAUGAGCUACAAGAACAGCUGCUAAAUAACACUCAGAUCCAGCAUACUCUACGCGUCAUGAUUGAUGCAGGUUUUUUCCAAACAUUUCCAGUGAUGACAGCGACGUCAUUGAAACCACACAUGGCUACAUUAAAUGACAUACCCAUACCUAUGUCUGACAUGGAUACAAUAUUAGAUGCCAUAGCAUGCUGUGCGACAGCAUCAGAACUAGCGACUUUGUACAAGAAAAUGACAGGUAGUACGAAAUACGUUACGAAAGUGAACCUCAUGGCUACAAUACGAACACUAGCCAAGACACAGAGACGAAUUGAUGGCUCUAGGAUUCCAGUGGCGCAAUUGAUGCAUGAGAUUUGGCUUGACUCGUAUCCUCUUGUUGGAAGAAAGAGCUCUGACGUGAUGGUGCUGCGCAUGACGCCAGCAAUACAUGAUUUGAUACGAAGAAUGCAUCGUCUCUAUUACUUUGUGUCUACACGACCGUUCAAUACAAUGUCAAUGACGCUGCCACCACAAGUGGAGAAUGUUCGUCAGCUCAUUGCCAUGGCAAUGCACAAGGUGCGACAGGAACCGACCCACUGGCCAGGUUUGAUGGUCUUUUUCAACAAAAUUGUGUAUCCAGAGUACAAAGUGACAAGGUCUAGAAACGUCGAUGAUAGUUUGAUGCAGAUAUGCAAUUCUCAUUGCGUCUUUCCAUCGUCAGAAGCGUACGUGAGCUAUGAAGUGGCAUAUCAGCUGCAUCGAAUCAUGAGUAUUGUUGAGCAAUGCAUUCCGGUUGUAACACCUGAAAAGGAAUACGUGGAACCGGAUCUUGAGCUUAAAUGGAUGCUAUCAGAUGUCCCGCCUCUGUUUCUUGCAUUUCAAAGGCUUUUGAUGAUUCUUGAUGAAGAUAAAGCAACCACCGAGACUGAGGUCAAGCGUGAUAUGAUCAGGGCUUACUCGGCACAACUAGGAAAGGCAGAAAGCAAAGCGGCUGCGAACUGGCAAAUGAACAGCUGGGAACAGUUUUACGCUGAGGUUGAAAAGAUGGAGUCAGUCGACGACCUGGUGUUGGCUAGCAGAGGCUGUCUGCAGGCAUUUUUGAAGUGGAUGAAGGCUGCUGCAUACAGCACUUCGGGUGUUCCCAUUUACUUUUCAAAGUGCAAUGCUGGCUAUCACUUGAUUCGUAUUUUGCACACUGCAGUGGGCUUGUACGAAAAAAUGCGCAAGUACCAAGUUGCCACAUUACUGCUAAACGAACUGCUAGCUGCACCUUUUCUUGAGCGAAAGCGCGGGUAUUGGUGGGAUCGCCUAGCGUUGAACUUGGAGCACUUGAAAUGUGCAGAUCAAGCUAGAGACACGUGUGCGAAUGCUUUAGAGGAUCCACAUGUGCUAGCAGCCGAUCGAAUUGCACUUGAAAGGCGUUUGCGUCGAUUGCGACGCCGACAGAAUUGCGAGGAAAAGUAUCAAGUCGAUUCGUUGUCUGGUGCUGACCUUUUGGUACAAAAUACUGGAACGAUUCUCAUUACUCCAAACAUGGGUGCCAUUGAAGAUGAUGAAGACGAAGAGAAGAUGGUGCAAGUCAAGACGCACACUCCCUACGAAUAUCGUCAGGACCGGAUUGUAGGCCGUCCACUAAAUCGACAAACGGGAGAAAAGUCACGGUUUGUGGGCUACGAUGACGAACCGUGCACGGUUGAACAGCUUGGUCUGCAAUACUACCGGGAUCAGUAUCCCGUUUGUGUAGUAUCGGAUGAAAAAAUGAAGACGGGAGGAUGGUACGGGGUGCAUUCUGAAGGCGUUGUGUUUCGAAAUUUGUUUGGCAUCUUGAUGUGGGACGUGCUGUACGCUUGUAUUCCGGACGUUUUCCAGACACCUUUUCAAUCGGCUCCACUGGACUUUGGCUACGCCGAUGUAUUUUAUGAAACUCGGCGUGAUCUCAUUGAUCAACGCAUUGCUCAAGUGAAGGAUCAGUGGACGCUGGCGGAACUGUUGGCAGCUUUUCUGACACGAUGGAAUUCCGAGUUUGGAAAAGUGUCUCGUUUUGUGCAUUGGCCAAGCGACGAUGUUGUUUCAUUGAAGUUUCAUUUGCUGACGCUUGCAGCAAUAGGGCGAACCGAGCUGGCCAGUCUACUGCGCUACAUGGCUACGUCGAAGGAGUUCCACCAGGCUCAAAAUGGUCUGCCUGACCUUCUCCUUUUACGGAUCGAGCUCUCUAGACCAGAUGAUGAUCCUUCACUGCUAUCUCGACAAUGGCUAAUUGACUGCCACAAUUGUCUGAACGUUCACGUGUUUUGCGGCAUGAAUGAGCAGUUGAAUAUGAACGAGAAAACCCACUCGAGCACUGCGUUGCUAGAAGAGAACGGAACGUAUUCAGAUGAGAAGGUGGAUGCUUUGUUGUCGGUGGAAAACAUUAUCCAGUUUGUACAGGAAGGUAUCCAUAUUGCACGCCUGAAGCUAGUGGAAGUGAAAGGGCCACGAGACCGACUUAGUGACAAGCAACUGCUCUGGCUGCAAGUUCUCAAUGAGGAGAUUGGUCUUGACGCUAGCGUGCUGCACGUAGAAGAACCAGAGAAAAAUGCCAAACGAAAGAAAACGAAUAGCACGUCCAGUACUGCCAAAUCUGCUCCUAGAAAGCACCAUGCCAAACGAAGAAACUGA